AUGGACGGUGCGUAUUCCGUGGCGAAAUGGGCGCCUUGCUUUGGUCUGGGUUCGCCGCCAACUACACGAAACGAAUGCUGCAUGCGUGAGCUUGUCGAUGUCAAGCGGUGCUUUUCUGGCGCAUUCACUGAGCGCGAAUGUUGUUCUCAAGGGUAUGCGAUGCUUUUUGCGGACAGUCCCAGGGAGCCUGUGAGAGCUCAAGGCGACCACCACCCUGCUUUUGCAGAGCAGCAAUCUUCGUGGGAAUCUUGGAUAAAUUCCAGUUCACAGAUCGUGGAAAUGAAGUUGGGCGACAUUUCCCUCGUCCUGCGUGAUUUCAAGUCUUCACGGUUUGGUAUUCACGGCCAGCUGGAUGAACUGCAGAAAGACGACUAUGGAGCCAGCAAAUUAUCGCUGCGGCACAGCGAUGUGGUUCUUGACGUUGGUGCCAACGUGGGCGUGGUUGCAGUUUGGCUCGCCAGGUUGUAUCCCGGCAUUCGCAUCAUUGCCAUGGAGCCGGACCCGACAAAUUUUCGGUUCAUGCUAUGGAAUUUGCAUGCCAACAAUGUCACCGCACAAGUGUGGCCUGUGAAUGCCGGUGCCUGCGAAUCAGGCAACGUUACUUACGAGCUUUGGCCACCCAUACAAGGAGGAAUUCUCAGAAGGAUCGUGCGAUCGAACGUGCCCUGCUUAUCUCUGCAACGAAUCUACAACAUGUUUGCCCUGCAAGAACUGUCGGUCUUGAAACUUGAUUGCGAAGGGUGCGAGUUUUCGUUCAUAACUUCCCAAUCGGCAGAGGGCCCCUUGCGACGCGUCCGCAAGAUUGUGGGGGAGUUUCACGAUCCAAGUCUCGUUAAAUUUUCCGCGAUAUCUGUGGAACAAGCCCUGCGUGCCCACGAGAUUAUGUGCGCACCUGGGAAUCUCGUACUGGGAUGUCACCACCCUGCCUGGCCAUACCAAUGA